AUGAACAUUUCAAAUUUGGAACAAUUUAAAAGUGAUCUUACGAAUAUUGCUUGUAUAACCCUUAGUUCAAAAAUUCUCGAAAAAAGAAAAGAUCAUUUUUCGAAAUUAUGUGUUGAUGUUGUAUUAAACUUACAUAAUAAAACUGAUUUACAAGAUAUUCAAAUAAUAAAACAUUUAAGAAAUAAUCUUAAUGAUUCAUAUUUUGAAGAAGGCUUUCUAUUAGAAAAAUGUGUUGGUCUUAACAUGCCAAAACGUAUUGAAAAUGCUCGUAUUUUAAUUGUAAAUACACCAAUGGAUACGAAUAAAAUAAAAGUAUCUGAUUCAUCUGUGCGUGUUGAUUCAGUUGCUAACGUAACUGAAUUAGAAUUAGCUGAAAAAGAAAAAAUGAAAGAUAAAAUUGAAAAAUUCUUCAAUAUAAUUGUAAUGUUUUUAUUAAUCAGUAGAAACAAAUGA